GAGGAGACCACCGACACUUCGAAUACGGACAUUACAGAGGAGAGCAGUAGCCGAAUUUCCGCGUUUAGUACUUCUAAAUACACCCACUCGGGGACUCCAGGAGACCACACAGAGGGAUAUUCCCGAAGUACGAAAAUGUCUGACACCAGCGGUUCAAGAUAUACCCAUCUGACAUCAGAGAGUGAGGAGACCACCGACACUUCGAAUACGGACAUUACAGAGGAGAGCAGUAGCCGAAUUUCCGCGUCUAGUACUUCUAAAUACACCCACUCGGGGACUCCAGGAGACCACACAGAGGGAUAUUCCCGAAGUACGAAAAUGUCUGACACCAGCGGUUCAAGAUAUACCCAUCUGACAUCAGAGAGUGAGGAGACCACCGACACUUCGAAUACGGACAUUACAGAGGAGAGCAGUAGCCGAAUUUCCGCGUCUAGUACUUCUAAAUACACCCACUCGGGGACUCCAGGAGACCACACAGGGGGAUAUUCUCGAAGUACGAAAAUGUCUGACACCAGCGGUUCAAGAUAUACCCAUCUGACAUCAGAGAGUGAGGAGACCACCGACACUUCGAAUACGGACAUUACAGAGGAGAGCAGUAGUCGAAUUUCCGCGUCUAGUACUUCUAAAAACACCCACUCGGGGACUCCAGGAGACCACACAGAGGGAUAUUCCCGAAGUACGAAAAUGUCUGACACCAGCGGUUCAAGAUAUACCCAUCUGACAUCAGAGAGUGAGGAGACCACCGACACUUCGAAUACGGACAUUACAGAGGAGAGCAGUAGCCGAAUUUCCGCGUCUAGUACUUCUAAAUACACCCACUCGGGGACUCCAGGAGACCACACAGGGGGAUAUUCCCGUAGUACGAAAAUGUCUGACACCAGCGGUUCAAGAUAUACCCAUCUGACAUCAGAGAGUGAGGAGACCACCGACACUUCGAAUACGGACAUUACAGAGGAGAGCAGUAAAGGAGUAUCUACGUCUAGUGCUUCCAAAUACACUCACCCGGCGACUCCAAGUGACCACACAGGGGGACAUUCCCGUAGUACGAAAAUGUCUGAUGCCAGCGGUUCAAGAUAUACCCAAACUACCCGUAAUACGGAUAAGGAUUUGUCCAGUACAUUUUCAGGAAUUGGUAGCUCCAAAUAUUCCCAUGUAACGUAUGGUAGUGAACAUACUGUGGGAUCCAGCAGUUUUGGGAGCACCGGAAUUGUAACUACAGCAAGUACAUCAUCAAAUUCCAUUAUAAGUGUGCCGACGGCGAGGAAUUCCUUAAACACAAAAUCGACGGACAAUCAACAGACACACACGUAUACGAUAUACACCGAGGAUGUGAUACAUGCGGGUACGAUAGGAGCUGGAAGCCAGUCUCGAGAUGAAAACAAGACAAAGAUGGAAGAUGCUGGUACAACUAUACCACCAACAAGGGGAAUAGAAAUAAUUUACGAAGGAGAAAUAAGACCUGAGAUGAAGUGUAGCAGUACAGGAAAGUUCCGGUAUAUGAAUUCCUGCAAGCAGUAUUACUAUUGUGACCGCAUACCACAUUCAAAUUCCUUUUUAUUAUCCAGAGUGCGAGAAUGUCAAAUUUGCAUGCAGUUUAAUGCCAAAUUAGGGAGGUGCGACUAUCCAGAGAACGUCCCUGAAUGUCAACCGGAUAAUGGAAUAGAGAACAGACUUUGCACGGGAGAUGGGAAUUUUUCAAUACCAAAGGAGAAGAAUUGCAGGAAAUACUAUGAGUGUAUAAAAGAUGUGAGCACCGACGAAAUUCGUUUGAACGUAAAAGAAUGUGCUAGUGGGACAACCUUCAAUGCACAGUUGCAGAGGUGUGUUCCGGGAGAGCAUUGUAAACGGCACAGAAACCCACGAUGCACAGGGCGCAAUUAUAAUUUCUUUGAUAGACACGAUUGUACAAGUUAUUAUCAUUGCGAUCAUAGAGGUAAGAUUCAAAAAUUAAAGUGUCCUCCAGGCUAUGUAUUUAAUGGAGAAGAAUGCGAGUGGAAAGAUGAUGUCAUUUGUGAUCCCGAUGCUUUGACAGACAAGGAUUUAGAAAGACUUUUAAUUUGGUAAAUUAUGUUAGAAAUUUGUGGUGUGAGAUUUUGUCA